AUGCGAAUUGACGGCUCGUCGUUUUGGACUCAAUUAGCGCAGUUCCUCAUUCAAUCUGCUCAUCAACUUGAAGUUUCCCCAAUCGUCAAAUACACCGCUUUGUCUCUCUUUUUUCAUCGAUUUCACCAUUCUCUUUCCAGGUACAUAGAAAUGGGAAAAAUACAUGGGGACAAGGGCAAGGUAAACUGGCUUUUUCAACCCAUGACAGAGAGCAAUUUGCAGCUGUUUUCACUUAUUUCGUUAUGGGUUUCAAGCAAAAUACAUGAUUCUCGUCCUCUUUCGGUGAAAACUUACAAGUCUUUGGGAGAUAAAACCAUUAAAGAUCAACACUUUACCACUCGAGAUUUCUUGGAAGCAACAGUGCCUUUCUUAAAGGUUUUGGACUUUGAGAUUGGUUCAUCAAAUAUUGCUUUCUUAUUCCUUGAAGAGCUCUUGAUUCAACUCAAAGAAGUGGCAAAAGUUGGAGAACUUGUGAGCUUUGAAGCGUGCAUGGACCUAAUGGAUCUUCUCUAUGAAAAGGAGGAGAUGUCAACUCUUUAUCGUUCUUCUCGUUCUCUUGCUACAGCUAUCUUGGUUGCUGCAUAUGUCAUCUCGGUACCUAUACAGAGACGGGAGUUUCCUGUUCUUCACUGGGUGAAGUUUGUAACAGCAUCCAAAGAAGAGGAUACUGUUGAACUUGUCCAAGACAUUCUUAAGCAUGUGUUUGAGCCAUGUUGAUUCUAAGCUCUUGAAGA